AUGGAGCAAAGUUCCACAGAGAUUAUCAGCGACGACAAGCGUCACGCAGCGGAGACGGUCAAAUCCUACUCUAAUGAGAAUGAUGCCGAGAUCCAAACUGUUCGCAAGAGCAGUGCGCUCAAUGUCAUCGUAUCCGGGUUGGCUUUGUUCAGUGAUGGCUACAAUGCACAAAUCAUCGGAUACAUGGAACCAUUUUUUUCAGUGCUCUACGGCAAAGCCAUGUCACAUACUAUCAAGUCCCGCUUGUCCAACUCUUAUCUAAUUGGGGAAAUAUUCGGUAUGCUGUUCUUUGGUGUCUUGAUUGAUCGCAUGGGCCGCCGAACCGGUAUUGUUGCAGCCACUGCCUUUUUGGUAUUGGGUAUAGUGCUUGCCACAGCAGCCCAUGGUACAUCCGACUUGGGUAUGUUUUGGAUGAUGAUCGUCGCGCGAGGUAUCGCCGGUUUUGGUGCAGGAGGCGAAUAUCCAGUUUGUGGAACAAAUGCGACAGAAGCGAGCGAUGAAACUUCCCAGUUAAGGACCAAGCGAGGUUUCCUCGUAGCGUUGACAACAGAUUUUGCUAUUGACCUUGGUUUUGUAAUUGCAGGCGUGGUAGCCUUGAUUGUGCUUGCUUGCUAUCAUCAAGAGACGUCAGCGGGAGUGUGGAGGGUAUCUUUUGGACUCGGCUUUGUGCUUCCCGUUGUCAUUUGCUUCUUUCGACUUCGCAUGAUUGAUUCUACUCAAUACCGGAAGCAUAACAUAAGGUCUCGUUACCCAUAUUGGCUCAUAUUGAAACGUUAUUGGAGACCAAUGCUGGGUACAUGUCUUGCAUGGUUCUGUUACGAUUUUGUCACUUAUCCUUUUGGCAUAUUUUCGUCUACAAUUAUUAGCCAGCUGAAUCCGAAUAACACCACAGUGCAGAAUAUUGGAUACGGAACUGUUGUCAACUGCUUCUACCUCCCGGGUUGUAUUGUCGGAGGCUUCCUCAUGGACCGUAUCGGAAGAAAACAAACCAUGACGCUUGGUUUCAUGCUUUGGGCAAUUUGGGGUUUCAUUCUCGGAGGAGCGAUCCAACCCAUUCAGACCGUGUUCCCUCUCUUUGUCGUGAUGUACGGAAUUUUCAACGCCCUUGGCGAGAUGGGCCCUGGAGUAGCAACUUUUUUAUGCGCUGCGGAAUCCUUCCCGACACCUCUCCGUGGACAUUUCCUUGGUUGGGCAGCUGCCGUUGGUAAAGCCGGUGCUUCAAUUGGUACAGAGGUCUUCACCCCGAUUCAGAAUUCCUUCUCCUCUACGGAAAAAGGCCAACAGGCUGUCUUUAUCAUUGGAUCUGCUUUCUGUGUCGUUGGGGGAUUGAUAUCUUGGUAUUUUAUCCCGGAUAUGUCACGCGAGUUAGAGACAGAGGAUGCCCGCUUUAGGGUCUACUUGGAAGAGAAUGGGUACAGAUAUGAAGGUGGAGAAAUUGUUUCUAGCCAACGUACAUCGUGA